CUUGGUGUCCUUACUCAGAAUGGAGAGUGGUGAAGAUGAUCCUCCACCUGAAGUGGACCAAGCUCUGGUUAAAAUGGCGCAAGUCCUAAAUCUGAUGCAGCUAAACCAGGACAGAAUCAAUGGUGGCAAUGCACGUGUCACUAUUCAGGAGUUUCUCCAGCUCAACCCGCGCACUUUUGAUGUCACCGCAGAGCCAAUUGAUGCUGAUGAUUGGUUACGCGAGAUGAACAAGACUAUCAGUGUGACACAUGUGGCUGAUGAGGACCGUGUUCCGUAUGUGACAUAUCUUCUUCGUGGAGUUUCAGCCGCAUGGUGGGACAAUCAUCUGCUGAUGAAAGCACCAGAUGCAAUCAUUACCUGGGAUGAGUUUCAGCUGCUUUUCAAGCGUCAUCACAUCCCUGACAGCAUCAUGGAGAGAAAGCGAGAAGAGUUCUGCAAUUUGUCUCAAGGCAACAACACUGUGCUGGCUUAUAGAGAUGCUUUCUUAAAACUGGCUCGUUAUGCUGGAGAUGAGGUAUCUACGGAUGCCAAAAAGCAAGCCAUGUUUCACAAAGGCCUGAACCCAGAGAUCAAGUAUGCUAUACUCUUGGUCAAGUGCAAUACCUUCGAGGAGCUCGUUAACACAGCGCUCCAAGAAGAGUAUGGUCGUGCAAUGCUAGAAGACUCUCGUAAGCGCUCUCGUGAAGCAGCUUCUUCCUCAGCAACUGCUAUGCCUCCUCGGAAACGUAGGAUUUGGGUUCCUUAUGCUGCUCCUGCACAACCCACCUACAUGCCUGAACCGAGUGCAAAGGCCUAG